AUGACAAGCCCAUUCUCAAGUACGCUGGUCUCGCCGGCCGAAUUCCACGCCGCCGUGAACUCACCCACAAACACCCGACGGAUCGUCCCCGUAGCCGCCGGCCGGCGCACAGUACACACCCCCGCCUAUCAUGCCCAGCAUAUCCCCAACUCCGUGUAUGUCCCCGCCUCAACCACCCAGCACCAGCAUGCUAACGAGCACAGCUUCUUCGACAUGGAUCUCAUCAGAGAUACCACCUCGCCAUACCCCCAGAUGCUUCCCACCGCCGCACACUUCGCGUCCUGCGUAGCAGCCCUCGGCAUCACCAAGGACGACGUGCUGGUUAUCUACGACGCCGUAGACGUUGGGAUCUACAGCUCGCCGCGCGUGGCGUGGAUGUUUCGCUUCUUCGGCCACCAGGCCGCGCAUGUCUUGAACAAUUUCCGGGUGUAUGUGCAGCUGGGCUACCCCGUUGCCACUGGCGAGAUGCGUCCUCUCCCGUCUGUGGGCGAGUAUCGCGUUUCUCCACCGGACAGCGACCGGGUGAUUGCCUUUGAGGAGUUGAGGGAGCUGGUUUUGGGUGGUGGCGAGGGAUUCCAGAUUGUGGACUCGCGGAUUGCGGGGCGGUUUAGCGGCGAGGAAGACGAGGCGGUCGCCGGGCUGAGUUCGGGGCAUAUGCCGCGGGCGGUGAAUGUACCGUUGGCGGCGAUGCUGGAAGAAGGGUCGAGUACGUUUUUGCCGGUGGAGAAGCUGGCUGAGGUGUUUAAGAGGGCGGGGGUGGAUGGGCGAGUGCCGUUGGUGUUGACCUGCAAUUCGGGGGUGACGGCUGCAGCGCUGGAUUUGGCACUAGGUGAGACGGGUUUCAAAAAUGCAAGGCGGAUCUACGAUGGGAGUUGGAUGGAGUGGGCAAGGAGGGUGGAUCGGCCGGAGUUGAUUGUUAAGGAUGUGCAUUGA